AUGGCGGCACUUAAGGAAGCUCCCGCGCCAGCGGUGCGCUGUUCAAAGCCCCUGGGCCUCAAGACUUGUAACCCAAUCCCUCCCGGUUUGCCUUCUCCCAAGGACGCCGCCGAAUCAGCAUCACCAACUUCACCGACCCUCUCCCACACAGCUUCUGACGACAGUACCAUUGCCGAUAUGCCUCCCGGCGGCAGACCAAGACAUGUUCCCCCGAAGCGGGAGGCUGACUUCAGCUCCCUGCUGUCGCCCCAGGAGAAGAGCGACUUAACCUCGCUCGUUGCCAGGACCACCGAUAUUAUGCAGAAGACAUUUACCCAUGUUUACGACUCAGCCGGUCUGGUCGAUGACGCUCCCCCGGUUCGUAACAAGUUCUGGAGCGGACUUCCAGCCCACCUGCGUGACUUCAGCAUCACCAAACCUCCUCCCCCCGUGGAGACGCAGCCCCAGAACCUCAAGAAGCGCACUAAGGGUAAGACCUCGAGGAGCCAAAAGGAAAAUGGAAACAUGCCUCGGGACAACAGAAACAACACGGGUGCUGCACUGCAGCCGGCUAACCCAUCUAAUCUGAAUAUCCAACGCGCACCUGAACAGGAAAAUGACAAGACGAUCGGACCUUACCUCCAGGAAUUGAAGAAGGAAGCCAUGCUACACUUCAAGAAAUGGCAGACAGCGGUACACAAGAGAGUGGGCGACAUCUCUGUCAAGCGGGCUGGAGAUGCCAACUUUAACUCCACGAUACCGAACAACAGGCGAGGCAGGAACAGGCCUACUGGAGUUACAACCCCCAGCAUCGAGUCCGACCCUGUCCUGAUGCAGCUCUACCCGCCGAUUCCGUCGACACUCUGCUACUGGCCUCUAGAGAAAAGAUUGCUAGUGCUUCAUGCUUUGCUACUCCUCUUGCUUUCACUCGAGCAUUACAGCGCAUAUACUCGCGUGCUGCUGCUCCAUAUCACCUCUUCGCUGAACCUUCCCCUUCGCGUCCUCGUUGAUGACGAGGUCCGGGUUGCCAAGGCUAUAGCGUGGAUGGCCAAGGAUAUCAAUCCGGAGGAGCUGAUUCAGAAGAGAAUCGAGGAGUGCGCUGGUAAGCCAUCCAGGAGGUGGAGGCACGGAUUGGCAAAUAUGGCUGGGACUAGCAGUUUUGGAAUACCUGGCCAUCUCGCGCCACCCCUUGUGGCUGCAGGCAUCGGAUCCGUCAAUGGAGGCUUCGGGCUUGGGCCCACUGCUUCUGCUGGCAUCUUGGGUUCGAUGGGCGAGAGUGCUUUUGUUGUCGGCGCUUUGCUCGGUAUCUACAACGCCAGAACUUCAGUCAAGUUGAUGGAGCAGUAUACCAAGGAGAUACAGGACUUUGCCUUUGUCCCCCUGCGCGGCUCGAUCGGCGAAGAUGGCGAGAUUGGGAAGAUCGAGCCAGAUGCCCGUCGUCUUCGAGUUGUGCUGACCAUUAGUGGAUGGCUGGCCGACGAGUCGGACGUCACUAACCCCUGGCGGGCUUUAGGACAGGCAAACGAGGUAUAUGCUGUGCGAUGGGAGGUGGACUCGCUCUCGAAGAUGGUUUUCACCAGUAUGACGGAAUCCCUUUGGCCCCUCGGCUUGCUCAAGAUCAACAAGAUUAUCGACAACCCCUGGAGCGUCGGCAUGGUCCGCGCUGACAAGGCCGGAGCUCUUCUCGCCGACGCCAUCAUGAACAAAGCUCACGGAGAGCGUGGAGUAACACUGAUCGGUUACAGUCUCGGCGCCCGUGCGAUCUAUGUCUGCCUAAUGGUCCUGGCUGAGCGCAGAGCUUUCGGUCUUGUCGAGAACGCCGUCAUGAUGGGUACACCGGCGCCCUCGGAAGCCCGUGUCUGGUGUACCAUGAGGAGUGUAGUCUCUGGUCGGCUUGUCAAUGUCUUUUCUGAGAACGACUACCUGUUAGGCUUCUUGUAUCGGACGAGCAGCAUCCAGUUUGGCGUCGCAGGUUUGCAGCGGAUCGAGGGUAUUGAUGGUGUCGAGAAUGUUGAUGUCUCUGCUAAGGUCAGUGGACAUCUCCGAUACCAGUACCUCGCCGGUAGCAUCCUGAAGCACAUCAACUGGGAGGACAUCAACCAAGAACAGGUCAGCCGAGAUGAGGCAGCCAUGGUAGCCGCAGAGGAAAGGGUGCGAGAGCGCGAGAAGAAGAGGGACGCAGUCGAGCGUGGGAUUGUGGUCAUUGAGAAGGCGAAGGAAGCUGCGAAAAACGAUCCGGGUAUUAUCAGGACCCGGAUGAGGAAGAAGAACAAGCGGUAA